AUGGUGAUAUAUGUUCCGUCAUUUGGCACUACAUCUACGUCUACUACUACACUAACCACGUCUACUGCUACAACAACUACUACGUCUACUGUCACAACAUCUACAGCGUCUAUUGGCACUACAUCUACGUCUACUACUGCACUCCCCACGCCUACUGCCACAACAUCUACUACGUCUACUGCCACAACAUCUACAGCGUCUAUUGACACUACAUCUACAUCGUCUACUGCCACAACAUCUACUACGUCUACUGUCACAACAACUACCACGUCUCUUGCCACUACAUCUACAUCGUCUAUUGACACUACAUCUACAGCGUCUAUUGGCACUACAUCUACGUCUACUACUACACUCCCCACGCCUACUGCCACAACAACUACUACGUCUACUGCAACAACAUCUACAGCGUCUAUUGGCACUACAUCUACGUCUACUACUGCACUCACCACGCCUACUGCCACAACAUCUACUACGUCUACUGCCACAACAUCUACAGCGUCUAUUGGCACUACAUCUACGUCUACUACUGCACUCACCACGUCUACUGCUACAACAACUACCACGUCUCUUGCCACUACUAUUGCUACAUCGUCUAUUGACACUACACUCACCACGUCUACUGCUACAACAACUACCACGUCUCUUGCCACUACAGCUACAUCGUCUAUUGACACUACAUCUACGUCUACUACUACACUCACCCUGUCUACUGCUACAACAACUACCACGUCUCUUGCCACUACAGCUACAUCGUCUAUUGACACUACAUCUACAGCGUUUAUUGGCACUACAUCUACAGCCUCUUCUGGAACUACAUCUACGUCUACUACUACACUCACCACGUCUACUGCUACAACUACUACCACGUCUACUGCCACUACAACUACCACGUCUACUGCCACUACAUCUACAGCCACUUCUGGAACUACAUCUACGUCCAUUACUACAUUCGCCACGUCUACUGCCACAACUACUAUCAAGUCUCUUGCCACAACAACUACAUCGUCUACUGCCACUACAUCUACAGCCUCUUCUGGAACUACAUCUACGUCCAUUACUACAUUCACCACGUCUACUGCCACAACUACUACCACGUCUACUGCCACUAUACCUCAAACGCCUACUACGACAAGAACCACGCCCACAACUGCAGCUACAGUAUCUUCAACAUCUCAAGCUACAACAGUCAUCUCCACUACAACGCCUACCACUACUACAGCCCAUGCCCAGUCACACAUGGCGCACAAGUUCAGCAGCUCCCGUGUAAUGAUGUAA